UCUGUGGCUUUAGUCUGCUACUGUUCUCACCAUCUUUCAUACGUACACCUGUUGAAGCUUCUACGGAGUCUAAAAGAUUUGCAGAGAAGUUCAGCUCACAGCUUGGAAAACUACAAUACCCACCGCACUUUUCUGGGCUUCUUGUGCAAACUGUGGCCACUGCUGAAUGUUAAGAGAUGUGUUCAACUGAGGAGACACCUGCUGCAAACACAUGUCCCAGAAAAAUACUUGAAUAUAUGGAAGGAUUCCUUAUCUCAAAGACUGUGUUCACAGCCUGUGAGCUGGGUGUGUUUGAGGUGCUGCUGGGUGCAGAGCGCCCCCUGUCAGCAGAGGAGAUCAGCCAGGCGGUUGGGGCCAGUUUGGACGGCACUCAGAGACUGCUCGCUGCCUGCACAGGCCUGCAGCUGCUCAAUACACACCAGGACAAUGGACGAGUGCUCUACAGUAACACAGAGCAGGCCAGUGUCUACCUGACCCGGUCUAGUCCUUCAUCACUCUUCCACUCCAUCCAGUACAGCUCCAGAACCAUCUACCUGUGCUGGCACUACCUGAUUGAUGCUGUCAGGGAGGGAAGAAACCAAUAUGAAAAGGCUUUUGGAGUCACCUCUGAAGACCUGUUUCAAGCUCUCUACAGAUCUGAUGAGGAGAUGAUGACAUUUAUGCAGUUAAUGGACUCCAUUUGGAACAUCUGUGGCAGAGACGUGGUCACAGCCUUUGACCUUUCACCUUUCACGGUCAUCUGCGACCUUGGUGGCUGCAGUGGAGCAUUAGCCAAGCAGUUCACGUCAGCCUACCCAGAAUGCGCCGUGAUGAUCUUUGACCUCCCCAAGGUGGUGCGUAUGUCAAGGGAACACUUUGUCAGCGAGGCCGACCAGAGGAUAAGUUUCUGCCAAGGGGACUUCUUCAAAGAUCCCCUGCCGGAGGCCGACCUCUAUAUCCUUGCCAGAAUCCUCCACGACUGGACAGACGAACACUGCAUAGAGCUACUCAGUAGAGUCCACAAAGCCUGCAAACCAGGUGGCGCUGUGCUGCUGGUGGAGGCACUGCUCCACGAGGAUGGCACUGGCCCGCUAACCGUGCAGCUGUAUUCCCUCAACAUGCUGGUACAGACGGAGGGCCGUGAGAGGUCAGCUGCUCAGUACGCUGCCCUGCUGACGUCUGCCGGCUUCACUGACAUCCAGCACCGGCUCACUGGCAAGAUCUACGACGCUGUGCUGGGACACAAAAAGACAUGACUCAAGGCGUUCCUGAGAUAUUGCCACAAAUAUCACCAGCACAGAGGCAUAAUAAUGUUCAUGGUAACAACGUGAGAGGAGUUGUCACUGCAGGAGAAGCAGUUGCUCUGUUUCAUGCCUCUGCCAUAACAGACUAUUGACAUUAUUGCAGAAAAACAGCUUUUGCACAUGCCAUCUUUAUUGUUGUGUUCAGCCCAGACAAAGACAGACAGCCUAAUCAACUGGUGAAAUAUCAGCAUGCAACUGCAGCUACCAAGACUGUUAAAAAACACAGAGUCUCUGCCAUCUACUGCUAGUUACAUUAGCAUGAUAGCUAAGGUGGAACCAUAUCGUACAGGGCCAGUGGGAAGUUCAGACUGUGUGGAAGGUUUGAUCCAAUUUAAUUCAUUUCUUUGCAUAAGAAUUUAUUUUUCUGUUCCCAGUGAAA